GUCUUUCGCCGCCGCUUGAACCCGCGUGCACUCCGCUCUCUGACAGUUCGACACACGGAGCUCGCGACCCGUCAUUCAAUACCUGAACCAUGGGGCCGACAGGUGAGGUGGUGUUUGGCAGCCCGGUGCCGGUCUGCUCUGAGAACCGGCUGCGCUGGGACCUGAGUCCCGAGCAGAUCCGGCAGCUCUCCGACGAGCUCAUCGCCAACACCAAGAAGGUGUACGACCGCGUCGGCGCGCUGGACCUCGACAGCGUCACCGUCGAGAACACGCUGAAGGCCCUCGCUGACGUGGAGGUCGACUACACCGUCCAGAGGAACAUGUUGGACUUCCCGCAGCACGUGUCUUCCUGUAAGGAAGUCCGAGCGGCGAGCACCGACGCCGACAAGCGUCUGUCCGAGUUCGACGUGGAGAUGAGCAUGAGGGAGGACGUCUACCAGAGGAUCGUCGCUCUGGAGAAGAAGGUCGACCCCGACAGCCUCACCGCAGAGUCCAAGCGUUACAUGGAGCGAGUGAUCAAACUGGGGAAGAGAAACGGCCUCCACCUGCCCAAAGAGACACAAGAGGAGAUCAAGACUAUCAAGAAGAAGCUGAGCAACCUGUGCAUCGAUUUCAACAAGAACCUGAAUGAGGACACCACCAGUCUUUCCUUCACCAGAGACGAGCUGGGCGGCCUCCCCGAGGACUUCCUGAGCGCUCUGGAGAAGGAUGGAGAGAAGCUGAAGGUCACCCUGAAGUAUCCGCAUUACUUCCCCACCAUGAAGAAAUGCUUCGUCCCAGAAACCCGCAGGAAGCUGGAGGAGGCCUUCAACUCCCGCUGCAAAGAGGAGAACUCGGCCAUCCUGAAGGAGCUGGUGGAUCUUCGGGCUCAGAAGAGCUCCCUGCUCGGCUUCAGCACCCACGCUGACUUCGUCCUGGAGAUGAACAUGGCCAAGUCUGGAAAGAAGGUGGCCGGCUUCCUGGAGGAACUGGCCCGUAAGCUGAAGCCUCUGGGUGAAGAAGAGCGCUCGGUCAUCCUCAAGCUGAAGGAGAAGGAGUGUCAGAAGAGGAAUCUGCCUUUCAAUGGAGAGCUGCACGCCUGGGACACCCGCUACUUCAUGACCCAGGUGGAGGAGACGCAGUACGCCGUGGAUCAGAACCUGCUGAAGGAGUAUUUUCCCAUCGAGGUGGUGACUCAGGGUCUGCUGGACAUCUACCAGGAGCUCCUGGGUCUGUCCUUCGAGCUGGUGGACGGAGCCGCCGUCUGGCACCCGGACGUCACUCUGUACUGCGUGAAGGACCGCAGCAGCGGUCAGGUGGUCGGCCAGUUCUACCUGGACCUGCACCCCAGGGAGGGGAAGUACGGCCACGCCGCCUGUUUCGGCCUCCAGCCCGGCUGCCUGCUGCCCGACGGCACGCGCCAGAUGUCGGUGGCCGCCAUGGUGGCAAACUUCAGCAAGCCGACGGCCGACGCCCCGUCGCUCCUGCAGCACGACGAGGUGGAGACCUACUUCCACGAGUUCGGACACGUCAUGCACCAACUCUGCGCUGAGGCGGACUACGCCAUGUUCAGCGGGACUCAUGUGGAGCGGGACUUCGUGGAGGCUCCGUCUCAGAUGUUGGAGAACUGGGUUUGGGAGAGGGAGCCUCUGCAGAGGAUGUCCAAACAUUACAAGACCGGCAACGCCAUCCCCGAGGAGCUGGACAAACUCAUCAAGUCCCGCCUCGCCAACACCGGUCUGUUUAACCUGAGGCAGAUCGUUCUGGCUAAAGUGGAUCAGGCUCUGCACACCAGGACCGGACUGGACGCGGCGGAGGAGUACGCACGCCUCUGUCAGGACGUCCUGGGAAUCCCUGCUUCUCCAGCAACAAACAUGCCGGCGACCUUCGGGCACUUGGCCGGCGGUUACGACGCUCAGUACUACGGUUACCUGUGGAGCGAGGUGUUCUCCAUGGACAUGUUCUUCGCUCGCUUCAAACAGGAGGGAAUCAUGAACCCCAAG